CUCCUAAAGCUUUAAAAAGAGAGGCCCAAAGCAUUACACAACCCAGAGAAACACUUGGUCUUCUCCCUAAUCCAUGGAUUCUUCAACAUCUCGCUGGUUCUCUGAUCCAGAUUUUAUGGAUGAUCCAAGCUUCCAUCAAUGGGAGCUGGGCUCUCUAGACCAAUUCAACGAUACCCACAACAUUUGGGACGAUAUUCAACAAUCUCUCUCUUCCGAGAGUUACAACUCCUUCAACAACCCAAACUCCAGCGUCACCUCCAACACUUUGAGCUGCGGCAGUGCUGGCGGAGGAGGAGGAUCCUCCACGGAUUCCGGCGAGAGGCCUAAGAAAAUGACGAAAACGACGAGCAACAACUGGAGCUCCGACACGCCGAGCAUCCUGUCGUUCGGGAACCCAGACUCCCUGGAGGAUCAACAUGAGCUGUAUAAGAGCAUUGUGGGGGUUGUGGUGCCAAAGGAAGGGCCGGUGUUGAAACCCAAGAAGGUGGUGGUGGCGGCGACAGCGGCGACUACUAGGCCGCUGUUGCAUAAUCACGACCAUAUUAUUGCGGAGAGGAAGAGGAGGGAGAAGCUCAGCCAGAGGUUCAUUGCACUUUCUGCCAUAGUUCCAGGCCUGAAGAAGAUGGACAAGGCUUCAGUCCUCGGCGACGCUAUCAAGUACCUGAAGCAGCUGCAGGAGAAGGUGAAGACUCUCGAGGAGCAAUCGGAACCGAAGAAAGUGGAGUCCGCGGUGCUAGUGGAAAAGGCUCAAUCAUUGGAGGACGAUGUUUCGUCCAGUGACGAAAAUUUCAAUGGAGCAAAGCCUAUUGUUGUUCAUGACGAACAUAAAAAUAACAAUUAUAACAGUGAUGAUAAAAAUAACGAGAAGAGGAAGGAUGGCAAUAAUGCUGAGAUUGAGGCUAAGCUUUCAGAGAAGAGUGUUCUAUUGAGAAUUCACUGUAGGAAGAGCAAAGGAGUGCUCGUGAAGGCAUUGACAGAGAUUGAGAAUUUGAACCUCUCUGUGGUGAAUACUAGCUGCGUUACCUUUACUAACUGUGCCCUUGAUGUCACUGUUGUGGCCGAGAUUGAAGAAGGGUUUUGUUUGACAGUGAAGGAGCUGGUGAAGAAGUUAAAUACAGCAUUCAAGCAGUUCAUGUGAAAGGUUUCUGGAGCAAGAGUUGUUGGCUUGUUUGUAUCACACAUGAUGAGAAAGAGAGCUAGAGAGAUAAAGAGAGUUGCUUGUUCUUGAUUGCUCUUUUUUUUUAAUUGGUCUUUGAAGAGGAGGGCUAUGGCCUAUGUUUUGUUUGCAUAGAGACCAUCUUGAUUCAAGGAAACUAGGCCUCAAAUCUUAGCUGAUGUCA